AGUGGGCACGUCACACCACGCAACCUGCCUGCCAGGGGGCGGGGUCUGUCCUGGUGAAGCCCCUCAGUGAUUGGCGUGGUGAGGGGAGCAGGUGUGACGUCAGGCGGCGGCGUUAAAGGGGGGGGGGGUUUACCGCAGUGACACCGUCCUGUCUGUCUCAGUCUCUCUCCCCAGUCACCGCCCGCAGGUUCGAUACCCCUGAUACACUGGUCGCGUUUAAACCGACUAUCAAAGCAGCAGCAGCGGGAGGCUCGUGCCGUCACAGCGGGAACACCGACCUCCAUCUUCUCCAUCUUCUCCAUCAUCAUGUCCGGCACCAAGGAGGAAGACCGCAAGGGCUCGAGCGAGUGGCGGGAGUUCUUCUGGAACCCGCGAACUCACGAGUUUAUGGGACGAACCGCGUCGAGCUGGGGUAUGAUCCUGCUCUUCUACCUGGUCUUCUACCUGUUCCUGGGGGGGAUGUUUGUUCUCACCAUGUACAUCAUGCUGCUGACGCUCGACGACUACAAACCCACCUGGCAGGACCGCCUCACCACUCCAGGGAUGAUGAUUCGUCCAAAGGGCGAUCAGCUGGAGAUUAGUUUCUCCGUCUCAGAAACGGAGAGCUGGGAUGGUUUCAUCACCAACCUCAACGCCUUCCUGUCACCGUACAACGACAGUUAUCAGGUUCAGACGAACGAUAACUGUUCUCCAGAUCAAUACUUCAUUCAAGAGGACAGUGGAGAGGUCCGGAACAACCCUAAGCGCUCGUGUCAGUUCAACAGAACGAUGUUAGAGGAAUGUUCUGGUGUGUCUGAUCGUUUCUAUGGUUACAGCAGCGGUCAGCCCUGCGUCCUCAUCAAGCUCAACCGGGUGAUCGGUAUGUUGCCGGGGAAGGACGGUCAGUCUCCUUAUGUCACCUGUGGAGCCAAGAGGGAGGACAGUGAUAAGAUUGGACCUCUGGCAUAUUAUCCUCCUAAUGGGACCUUCAACCUCAUGUACUACCCGUACUACGGCAAGAAAGCUCAGGUGAACUACACUCAGCCGCUGGUGGCUGUGAAGUUCCUGAACGCCUCUCUGAACACGGAUAUUAACGUUGAGUGUAAAAUCAACUCCAACACUCUCAUCGACGGCGGCGAGAGAGACAAGUUCGCCGGACGGGUUUCCUUCAAACUACGAAUAUACGACAAAUAGGGUUACACACACACACACACACCGUCUGUCUUCAUGAUGCGUUUACUGACUGUUUGAAUUAGUUAGACCUUUAGUUACAGCUUGUUCGUCCCAGUGCUCGUUUUGUUUUGUAUUUCCUGAUCCGACAGAUGUAACUCAAACGCACACACCGACCAAUCAGCACGGACUGACGUGAAACCCACCAAUCAGCACGGAUUCAGGAUCAUCCCGUCGGCAUUAACACCAAAUUAUUGAUCGCACAGUGAAUGAGUUUCAAAAGUUUAUUUAUUUAUUUGGGUUGUUUAUGCAAGUUUUGUUUUUUACAACUUUAUUGUUAACAGUUUACCUUCUGAUUGGUUUUGUGAAUCAGGAUUUGCUCUGAUUGGCUGUUGACUACAUUACCAACCACGACAGAAACCAGUUUAGCUCCUAUUAGUCAAAUCAAAUCAAAUGUAUUUAUAGAGCCCAAUAUCACAAAUUAUACAUUUGUCUCAGUGUUUACAGACUGUACAGGAUACGACACCCUCUGUCCUUAGACCCUCUGUCCUUACACCCUCU